ACAUGUCGCAGCAGUUACCCGUAGAACGGGGAUCCUUCCAAAAGGUAGACUUUCAUAACCAAGACCUACACGAAGAUACUGAUAAACAAAGUUCUGAAGGAAAAAAUGACGAACUCAAUGAGUCUGAAAUGGAUAAUGUGAUAGUAGUUGAUUCAGAUGUACACAGUGAUAAAGAAAAUUCGUCAGCAAAGGAAGAUCUGCUGGGUCACCCGAUUACUUCUAAAGGUUUAAUGACAAAGCCAAUCACUCAUGUGUCCCGCCGCGAUCAUGAGCAACAUCCUAAAAAGAGAGUUGCCUUAACUUCAGAAGCGCCGCGACAACAGCAUUCAUCUCAUCGUGCGAACCUGGGCAACGAAGGAGGCACUCACAAACUUCCUCUACAAGCUCACGGAGACGAUCGUCAAAAAACGAGGAGAAUAUAA